UUUGGUCUCUUAUACAAUUAAAAAAUCUUUGUAAAGAUUAUAAAAUCUUUGUAAAGAUUAUUUUAUUUUGCUUCAACUUGAAGAUCAAAGGUAAAUAUUGAAUUUCACUAUACUUUUUUAUUUGUAUUUGACAACGAAUUGACUUAGUUCAACUUUUUUUAAUUUCAAUAAUUUUUUUGUUCAUAUUCUUCAAAUAUAUACGUUUUCAUGUUAUUAAUGAAUUUUAUUUUUUAUUAUAUUUAAUACCAGAUCUGACUGUUGAACAUCUGAAAAACGUAAAUUACUACUUAACUAAUUAUUUUCUAUGUAAUAAAUAAAAAAAUACCUACUUACAUAGAAAGGAAAAAGGGUUUUACAACUUUUUUAUGCUCUCUCUAAUAUAUCAAUUUCAUGUUAUAUAAUCUGAAUUUUAGAUCCUAAGAAAAUUGCUUUGUCAACUAAAUUACACAAGUGGUCACACAAAACUGUUUUUAUUUUUUUCCGCAUAAAAGUCAUUUUAUCUUUAAAAUUAUUGUUAUAUAAAAGUCAUCUAUAUUUAAAGUUUAUCACAUUUAAAAUCUGUUUAUUUUAUGUCAUACAAAAGUCAUUAACUUUGGUCAAUCAGUUUACUAAAAAGUAAUAUUUUUGAAACAAAAAUAUGACUAUUUAUUUUUGGCUCUCUUUUAAAAUAUAAUAUAUGGUAUAUGAUGCGUAAAUAUAUUAUGAAGUUAUGGAAAGGGGAAAGUUGAUUAUUUAGAUACUAUUCUUUUUAUGCAAACAGGUGUUUUUAGGACAUAUAAUCAUUUAUCAUAUGAAAGUUGACUUUAUCUAUUAGUUGUAUUAUGUGGCUUUGUUAGAUCUUUUUUAUUUGGCUCAAGUAGUUUUAGAUACAUAUUUCACUUAUUUUUUAAAAAUAAUUUUGAUAUAGUUUACUUUUUUUUUUAGUGAUUAUCCUUUUUAAAAAAUAUUAAUUUCUAAUUAUAUUAAUUUAUAAAAUGUUAAAAAUUAAAGGAUUCGUGGGGCUUAUGCCCCAAGGCCUCGGAGCUUACGCUUGGCCUCAUAUCAGUGCUUUUUGGAAGAUCAUGGAUGCUAUCAUUGGGAAUGUAGUUGAUUUUGGAAUGAAGAAGUUCAAAAGUACCAUUGACUUUGAUGAGAAUUUGGAAACUCUGGAGAGAAAUGUAAAGCUAUUAUCAGAUAAAGCAGUCGAUGUAAAGACGGAGGUUAAGAAUCAAGAGCAAUAUGGGAAGAAGAAGAGGAAAAGAGAAGUUGCAUCUUGGUUUGAUGAGGUUAAGAAGAUCAAGAAAGGAUUACGCGUGCUAAAAGAAGAAGUAACAAUAGGGAAGAAAAAUGGAGGUACUUUGGAGAAGAUGAAUGGAAGGGUUGGAGAACUUCUCGAGCAAAGUAAACAUUUGGGAACACUUGUACAUAUUAUUUAUGAAGGCGAGGAGUGCCAAAUGAUGGUGCAGCAAGUUCAUGAGGAAACAUCAAAACAGAAUUUAGAAGUGAUUUGGACGUGGUUACAAGAUGAGAAUGUCUCAAGCAUCGGUAUAUAUGGUAUGGGAGGGGUGGGUAAAACCACUUUGGCAAAGCAUACAUAUAAUCGUCUUCGGGAAGGAAGUAGUUAUCAAGUCCAUUGGGUUACUGUGUCUCAAAGGUUUAGUAUCAAAGGAUUACAGGACAAUCUUUCCAAAAUUGUGAAGCUGGACCUAUCAGAUGUGGAGGAUGAACAAAAAAGGGCGGACCAAUUAAACUGGGCAUUCAGAAAAAUGAAGAACAUUGUUAUCAUAUUGGAUGAUGUCUGGGAUUGCCUUAGGUUGGAGAAGUUGGGUUACCCUCUUGGUGUGGAGGGCUACAGACUGAUUCUAACAAGCCGCUCUUCUGAAGUCUGCCAAAAGAUGAGUUGUAAGGAACUACUCCAAGUAAAGAAACUCAAUACUGAUGAUGCUUGGGAAUUAUUCAGGAAGAGUCUAGGAUCCGAGACCCGGCUUAGUCCAAAUAUCGAGCGAAUUGCCAAAUCCAUGGCAGGAAUGUGUGAGGGCUUGCCGCUUGGGCUCAUCACUUUGGCGGGAAGCAUGAGAGGGGUGACCGAUAUAAGGGAAUGGUGGAAUACUCUGAACGAAUUCCCCGAGGACAUGGAAAGCGAUGUAUUCAAGGUACUGAAGUAUAGUUAUGAUCGAUUGAGAGAUACAACACUGCAAGAGUGCUUUUUGUACUGUGCUUUGUAUCCCAAGGACUAUGUAAUUGACAGAGAUGAACUGAUUGAUAGAUUAAUAAUGGAGGGACUGGUGAAGGGAAAUCGCAUGGUAGAAGAUUUUAAUCAUGGCCAUACCAUAUUGAAUAAACUAGUCAAGAUGUGCUUACUUGAAGCACCUGACAACAGGGGAUAUGAAGCAAUAAGGAUGCAUGAUCUACUCAGAGAAAUGGCAUUGCGGAUCACAACUGAUAAACCAAGGUACAUGGUAAGGGCUGGAAUAGGACCACAAGUGUUGUUGGGUCAGGAUUGGGUAUUCAAUUUGGAUAGAGUCUCUUUUUACAGCAGCAGGAUAAAGAGAAUCCCUGAAAACAUGGCACCCAAUUGCCCCACAUUAUCAACCUUGAUUUUGUCCUAUUGUGAUUUGACAAUGGUCCCAGGUUCUUUCUUUCAGUACAUGAACAACCUCCAAGUACUCGACUUGAGCUACAACUCAGAGCUUAUGGAUUUGCCAAGUUGCAUAUCUAACUUUGGAAGUCUUAGAGCGCUCUUGCUUCGAGGAUGUGGUCGGCUAAAAUCUGUGCCACCACUGGGAAAGCUCAAAAACCUGAGGGUGUUGGAUGUAUUUCACACUGGUAUUAAGGAAGUACCUCAAGGCAUGGAAAACUUAGUCAAGCUUAAAUAUAUAGAUAUGGGUGGAAUAUGUCUUGAUGAACUGCCAAAGGAGAUAUUACCUAAACUUUCCCAGCUUCAAUACCUCUGUCUUCCAGGACAUUUGAAUGCCCCAGUUGAAGACUUGGCCAGUUUGGAACAGCUCGAAGAAUUCAGAGGAAGGUUCUACGAUUUGCAUAACUUUCACAAGUUCAUGAGUAGUCACCAUAGUUAUGAGAAAGAUUGGUGGUAUGACAUAUUUGUGGGGCAAGAAAUUUCCAAUUAUUAUCAUUGUAGCACCUUAGGAGAGAGCAUACCGAAACAGAGAAGAGUGGUUGUAGUAAAUUGCACCAUUGAAGAAGGUGGAGGAGAAGCAGCAACAUCAAUUUUUCUUCCACAUGGCAUUGACAUUCUACAUAUUAGGUUUUGCCAUGGGCUGAGUAGCUGCUUUGUGGAUAAUUUUCUGUCAUGGACUAAAAGAGGCUUGACCUGCACGAUCUCUGGUUGUGAUGACAUAGAAUGGAUUGUCAACGUGCCCUCUGGUAGAGAUACAACUACAGACCCACACUGCAUAUAUUUCCAUAGUCUGAGAGUUUUUGACUUGCACAAUCUUGUUGGGCUCUGUAACGGAAAAAUUGCAUCUCACACCUUCUCGGGUUUAACAGAAUUGGAUAUCUGCAACUGCCAUAGAAUGAAGAAGUUGUUUCCACGGGCUAUCUUGCAGGAUCUCAAGAACCUUGAGAAGAUUGUUGUAAAUGCGUGUUUUGAGAUGGAAGAGAUAAUAGGAAGAGAGGAAGGAGAGGGAAGUAGCCAAAGAAGCACUACAUCUACAACUUCUGACCUUCCUAAGCUAAAAAAGCUCAAACUGCAAUACCUGCCUGAAUUGAAGAGUAUCUGUGAGAGAAAGCUGAUGUGUGAUUCCCUUGAAUCCAUGAGAUUUUAUAAGUGCCCCAAUCUGAAGAGUCUGCCUUUCUAUACUCCAACUACAAAUAGAAAUCCUUUUCCAUCCCUCAGAAAAAUCAGAGUUGAUGAAGAAAAUUGGUGGGAAACAUUGGAGUGGGAACAAUCCCAUCUCAACAAUCUCUUCCAACCUUACAUUACAUAGCGUGAGUUAGCUAGCAUUGAGGCUCAGUGUCAGCAAUAAUGAAUCUUUUUCUCUGCAUUGACAUACUCUUUACUCUUUUCCUUUCUACCCCAAACAAAUGUAUUGUAUUGUCCUUCAUCAUGUAUUAAAUCUAUAUAUUGUGUAUAGAUAGGUUAAAAACAAUAUGUAUAGUAUACAUUGUAUGUUGAAUCUCCUAAUUCGUGUGCUUAUUAUUAUUAUUAUUAAAAAAUC